AAUUUUUCGAACGCCGGUUUGUUCAUUGACUAGAUGAGUGAUGGAAUUUAUACAACCAACCAUUCAAUUCUUUUUAGUUAUACACGAGCUUGAGUCACCCCCUAUCACAUUCUUGGAUUUUGAGCGACGCAACCAUCAAGUUCGAAUUUCCAGCAGCAUAAUCCACACGCAGAGAUCUUUUCGAGGUUAUCAGAAGAUUUCUUUUGCGUUGUUCCAUUACGGUACGAUGGCGACAAUAGCAACUGCUAAAGCCGCUACUAGGCAAGAAAUUGUCGAAAAAUUGAAAACUUUAACUACGGAAGAAAAACAGCGGCAGUGUAAAAUAGUACUAGAAAAGUUAUUGAAUUUGCCUUCGUUUCAAAACUGCAAACGAGUGUCUACUUACUUAAGCAUAGACAAUGAAAUCGACACCGAACCAAUCGUGCGACACAUCUUUGAAACUGGGAAGGAAUGUUUUGUGCCAAGAUAUAGCAAAGCGGGGAUGCAAAUGGUCAAAUUAAGUUCAAUGAAUGAUUGGGAAACUUUGCCUGUUACUAGCUGGGGUAUUAAACAACCUCGUCUGAAAGACGAGAGAGACGAUGCAUUGGAGACAGGGGGUCUGGACUUUAUCGUCGUUCCUGGAGUUGGAUUUACUGCAAACGGGCUCAGACUUGGACACGGCGGCGGUUAUUAUGAUAAAUUUAUGACAAAAGUUAAGGCAAGUCAAGAGGUUCCUCCGGCACUUGUGGGUUUGGCUUUCAACGAACAAGUUUUGGAAGAACUGCCGGUCACAGAGUGCGAUGUGCAAAUCGAUCGGGUACUAUAUGCUGAUUCACAAUAAAACUCUGUAAAUGUGUAUAAUAUUUAUAUACAUAUACAUUUAAUAUAAAAUAUAAUUCCCUGUACCAAGCCAACACUAUAAUACAAAUAUAUAAAUACAAUUAAUAAAA